AUGUCGGAUAAAGUCCAGAAAAAGCGUCAACAGGACGCAAUUGAGUUAAAUGUUGAAAAGAAACCAUUACAGAAAUCGGGAAAUACUGAUGAUGAUGAGUAUGAUUAUAUCACACAACCGCCAGAUGGUGGAUUUGGUUGGAUAGUUCUUAUUGCAUGCUUUUUUAUUAAUUUAAUUGUCGAUGGUUUCCUGUAUGCAUUUGGUGCCAUAUCCGAAGACUUGAAAAACCACUUUGAGUGUUCAGAAUGGGCUGUGUCACUUGUUAUCUCACUUGCUUGCGGUUUUUAUUUACUUAGUGCACCUAUCGCUUCGGCAUUGUGUAAUCAAUGGGGCUGCCGUCCGAUCGGGAUUAUUGGAAGUAUUAUUGCCGCUAUAUCGGUUGCUUCAUCUGUAUUCUCCCCGAAUAUUUACAUUAUGUGGUUAUUAUUUGGUUUUAUCGGAGGAAUUGGCAUGGGGCUUGUCUACUUACCAAGCAUCGUUAUGGUUGGCUAUUAUUUCGAAGAGAAACGUGCUAUAGCAACUGGUAUCGUUACGGCCGGUACAGGAAUUGGUUCGAUUACUUUUGGACCGUUGUCUCGGUUUCUCUUCAAUAUUUUCGGGUGGAAAUAUGGUUUACUUAUACUAUCAGUUAUUCUCUUGCUGUGUGUUCUUUGUUCUGCCUUUAUGGUGCCAUUAAAACCGGUACGAAAACGACGCGUAUUGCAACUGAAAGAAAUAGAAGACGAUGUCUUCCCGACGACAGCAGCAGCACAUCUACUUAAUGAAAAAGUAGAAGCAGCGACUACUGUGGCAACUUCAUCUGCUCGUCGAUCGAAUCCUAGUAUACACGAUGAAGCAGCAGAAGAAUUGUUAUCGAAACGAAAACGAGCUGAUUCAGCUAUUUCAACAAAAUCAAAACGGAGCAUUAAAGCUGAAGAUGCUGUUCGACCUUGCUAUAAAGAUGACGUGCUCUAUCAAGGUGACGUGACGACCUUACCUGAGUAUCAAUCACAGCCGGAUAUUCCAACAUACAUUCAAGAAACAACGAAAGUGCCAGAAGAUGGUAAUCCGAAAGGUCCUUCGAAACCUUUCUGGGAUGUGUUUAGUUCGAUGACGAAUUUUGAAGUAUUAAGCGAUAAAAGAAUGAUCAUUAUUUGCUUGGCCAAUGUUUGUUCCAUGAUUGGAUAUUACACACCUUAUCUGUUUGUAGUUAAAUUUGCUACAUUAGAAAGAGAAAUUCUUCAAUCAAGCGCUGUUUUUCUACUAUCAUUGAUUGGUUUCAGCAACACAGCCAGUCGAUUUGCUUCUGGUUGGAUAACAAAAUUUCCUUACAUGUCACCAUUGUUAGUCAAUAACAUUGGUUUAACUGUUGCUGGCAUCUCGACAUUGCUUGUACCAUUCUGUUCGACAUAUUCGCUUCUAAUCAUAUAUUGUGUUAUAUGGGGCGGUUUUAUCGCAUUUCAUGUAUCAUUAAGCCCUGUUAUUGUCUGUCAAAUCGUUGGCCUUGACCGUUACAGUAGUGCGUUAGGUUUAACUUUAAUGUUUCGUGGUAUUACAUCAUUGACAGCUCCACCAAUUAUGGGUGCUAUUCGAGAUUUUACGAACAGUUUCGAUAUCCCGUUUGUCAUUGGUGGUAUUAGUUUUCUAACAAGUGCGCUGAUGCAUUUUGCAUUGAUGUGGAUGAAUCGAAACGAGAAGAAGAAUUCGAAGAAAGUUGAUGAUCAAACGUCAGCGGAUCCAGUUGCCGUUGUAGCAUAA